UGGAAAUACAAUCGCUAGGAUCCAGGACCAUGCUCGUCCGUCCGAGGUUCUGGUUUUAACCCUGCGGAUCUCGUGGCCGACAGGCGCUUUCAGCCUCCCUCUUCCGAUCGGGCCGUGAACUCGCUGUCGCUUGCGCGCCGUUUCGCCGCUCUUUGUUAGACCCCCCGAUCCCGCUGCUCGCACUCGUUACGCGCGUACGAACGAGACUCCGUGCGAAGCGCGGAGAGCAGCAGCGCGGGGAGCGCGGUGAGCAGGCGGGGCGAUGGAAGCGGUGGUGGAGGGGAAGGACUUCAGCUUCCCGGGGUCGGAGGAGGCGGUGCUGCGGCUGUGGGAGCGGCUGGACGCCUUCAACGAGCAGCUCAGGCGCACGGAGGGGCUGCCGGAAUACGUCUUCUACGAUGGCCCGCCCUUCGCCACAGGGCUGCCGCACUACGGGCACAUCCUGGCGGGCACCAUCAAGGACGUCGUCACGCGCUACCAGACGGCCACGGGGCACCACGUGACGCGGCGGUUCGGGUGGGACUGCCACGGGCUGCCCGUGGAGUACGAGAUCGACCAGAAGCUCAACGUGAAGAGCAAGGACGACGUGAUGCGGAUGGGCAUAGGCGUGUACAACGAGGAGUGCCGCAGCAUCGUGAUGCGCUACUCGCAGGAGUGGCGCACCAUCAUCACGCGCGUAGGGCGCUGGAUCGACUUCGACCACGACUACAAGACGCUGGACGCGAGCUACAUGGAGUCGUGCUGGUGGGUGUUCGCGCAGCUGCACGCCAAGGGCCUCGUGUACCGCGGCUUCAAGGUCAUGCCCUACUCCACCGCCUGCAACACGCCGCUCUCCAACUUCGAGGCCGGACUCAACUACAAGGACGUGUCGGACCCGGCAGUGAUGGUGGCCUUCCCCCUCAUCGGCGACGCUGAUGGUGCCGCCCUCGUGGCGUGGACCACCACGCCGUGGACGCUGCCCUCCAACCUUGCGCUCUGCGUCAACCAGGGCUUCUCCUACUGCAAGGUGCGCAACCGGGCCACGGGUGCAGUGCUGAUGGUGGCGCAGUCGCGGCUGUGCGCCCUGCCAGGCAGGAAGAAGAGCAAGGGGGAGGGCAAGGGGGAGGGCAAGGGGGAGGGCAAGGGGGAGGGCAAGGGGGAGGGCAAGGGGGAGGGCAAGGGGGAGGGCAAGGGGGAGGGCAAGGGGGAGGGCAAGGGGGAGGGCAAGGGGGAGGGCAAGGGGGAGGGCAAGGGGGAGGGCAAGGGAGAGGAUAAGGGGGAGGAGAAGGGAAAGGCUGAGGAGGAGGGAGGUAAACCGGGAGGCGGAGAGAAGGGGAAGGGCGGCAAGGGAGGGGGGAAGAAGGGCGGCAACAGCAAGGAGGCGAGUGCAGGGGAGGCGGCAGCAGGCGGGGAUAGCGUGGCGGGGCUGGACGCAUCCAUGUAUGAGGUCAUCGGCACCAUCACAGGGGCGGACCUGGUGGGCAUGAAGUACGAGCCCAUGUUCCCAUAUUACGCGGACCUGGCGGGCAGCGCUUUCAGGGUGGUGGCGGACAGCUACGUGACGGACGACAGCGGCACGGGCGUGGUGCACUGCGCACCCGCCUUCGGAGAGGACGACUACCGCGUGUGCAUCGCCGCCGGGGUGAUAGGCAAGGGCGAGGCCAUCCCCAACCCCGUGGAUGACGAUGGUCGGUUCACGGAGCGCGUGGCGGACUUCAAGGGGCUCUAUGUGAAGGAUGCAGACAAGGCCAUCAUCGCACACAUGAAGGAGGCGGGGCGGGUGGUGAGCGUGGGCAGCAUCAUGCACUCCUACCCCUUCUGCUGGCGCUCCGACACGCCCCUCAUCUACCGAGCUGUGCCCAGCUGGUUCAUAGCGGUGGAGCAGAUAAAGCCGGCGCUGCUGGCGAACAACGCAGAGACGUACUGGGUGCCGGAGUACGUUAAGGACAAGCGCUUCCACAACUGGCUCGAGAACGCACGCGACUGGGCUGUCAGCCGCAGCCGCUUCUGGGGCACGCCGCUGCCCAUCUGGGCGAAUGAGGACCUCAGUGAGAUGAGGGUGGUGGGCAGCGUGGCGGAGCUGGAGGCGCUGGGCGGCGAGAAGGUGACAGACCUGCACCGCCACAAGAUCGACCAUAUCACCAUCGCCAGCAGCAAGGGCGAGGGCCACCCGCCACUCAAGCGCAUCGAGGAUGUGUUUGACUGCUGGUUUGAGAGCGGCAGCAUGCCGUAUGCUUACAUCCACUACCCCUUUGAGAACAAGGAGCUCUUCGAAAAGAACUUUCCCGGACACUUCAUUGCGGAGGGGCUCGACCAGACGAGAGGAUGGUUCUACACGCUGAUGGUGCUGUCGACGGCGCUCUUCAACAAGCCUGCCUUCCGCAGCCUGAUCUGCAACGGGCUCGUGCUGGCGGAGGACGGCAAGAAGAUGAGCAAGCGCCUCAAGAACUACCCCCCGCCCAUGGACGUCGUCUCCGCGUACGGUGCGGACGCGCUGCGCCUCUACCUCAUCAACUCGCCCGUCGUGCGCGCCGAGCCGCUGCGCUUCAAGAAGGACGGCGUCUUCGCCGUGGUGCGCGACGUGUUCCUCCCCUGGUACAACGCGUACCGCUUCCUCGUGCAGAACGCGUUGCGCCUCACAGCUGAGGGCCUGCCGCCAUUCCAGCCAAUGACGGCGCGCCAGCUGGCGGCGAGCAGCAACGUGCUGGACCAGUGGAUCCACUCCGCCAGCCAGAGCCUGGCGCAGUUCGUGCGCGGGGAGAUGGAGGCGUACCGCCUCUACACCGUGGUGCCGUACCUGGUGCGGUUCAUCGACAGCCUCACCAACGUGUACGUGCGCUUCAACCGCAAGCGCCUCAAGGGCCGCACCUUCGAUCAAGACUGCCGCUUCGCCCUCUCCUCGCUCUUCCAUGUGCUGCUGACGGUGUGCAAGGCCAUGGCGCCCUUCACCCCUUUCUUCACAGAGGCCAUGUACCAGAACCUCAGCAAGGCGCUCCCACAGCGCCCGCCCGCCGAUGCUGCUGCUGCUGCUCCUGUUGGCGAUGGCGAGGUGGGGAGGCAGGGCGGGCUGGGCGGGGCGGCGGUGGAUGAGGAGCACCUGGAGUGGGCGGAGGACUCGGUGCACUUCUGCUCCUUCCCCACCUCCGAUAAGCAUGUGGACGAGCGCAUGGAGCGCAGUGUGGAGCGCAUGAUGAAGGUCAUCGACCUCGCCAGGAACAUCCGCGAGCGCAACAACCGCCCGCUCAAGACGCCGCUCCGGGAGAUGGUGGUGGUGCACCCUGACGCCCAGUUCCUGGAAGACAUCACCGGCAAGCUGUGCGAGUACGUGCGCGAGGAGCUCAACGUGCGCUCGGUGGUGCCGUGCGCCGACACCAGCAAGUACACCUCCGUGCGCGCCGAACCUGACUUCAGUGUGUUGGGGCGGCGCGUGGGCAAGGCGAUGGGGGCGGUGGCGAAGGCCGUGAAGGACAUGGACGCCGCCGCCAUAGCGGCGCUGCAGAGCGCGGGGGAGGUCACCAUCGCUGGCCACACCCUCGCUGCCUCUGACAUCAAGGUGGUGCGGGACUUCAAGGCGCCAGAGGGCAGCAGUGCGGGCGACAUGGACGCGGCGGGCGAUGGCGAGGCGCUGGUGGUGCUGGACCUGCGGCCCGACACCGAGCUACUGGGAGGCAGGCGCCGCCAGGGAGCCCUUCCCAUUGCUGUGGUGAACCGCGUGCAGAAGCUGCGCAAGCGGGCGGGGCUGGAGCCCACGGACGCCGUGGAGGUUGACGGUGGCGUGGGGAGCAAGGGCAAGGAGGGCGCUGAGGAGUCGCCGCUGCAGCGCAUUCUGGUGUCCCAGGCGGCGUACAUCCACGAUGCCCUGGGAGCGCCACUUCUGUCCGCCGACUACUGCCCCUCACAUGCCGUGGUGCUGGCGUCGGAGCGCUACAGCGGAGUGGCGGGGGCGUCCUUCACGCUCACUCUCACGCGCCCCGCGCUCUGCUUCUCGCCCUCCCUCGCUGUCAACGCCUGCAAUGGCAACGCCGAGGCAGCCACCGCAGUGCAGGUGGUGCUGAUGGCUCGAGACCCCGCCAAGCUCCGGGCCGAGAUGGCAGCAGCAGGGGGGAAGGUGCAUGUGGCGGUGGACGGCAUGGGCGAGUGGGACAUGGUGCAGGGCGCGCACCUCUUCCUCUCCGUCAACGACUUCCUUGAGGCGAACCCUGCCACGCGCCCCUGAUGGCCCGCCCGCCCUGCCAAUCAGCCACCCUGCCACGUGCCCAUGGCAUCCCACCCCACCUGCGAGCUUGCCAGGGGGCUGUCUCCACAUCAAGAAAUGGCAGCACCUUCCAAGAGCAGUAGCCUUAGCAUUAUGUGCUGUGGAUCAACCAUACAUCGCAGAAGUUUAACAUAGAGCAGUUGAAGUCAUAUUCAAGUUGAAAGCAUGUCAUGACAGGACAUGUUUCUGGUGCAAAAGAUAUCAAGAAAAUGUUAGAAUGUUGAGAGAAAAUUGGACUAAGGGAGGAAGGCUGAGGGUUACAAAGGUGGGAAUUGUUGGAAAUAUCUCAAAGGAC